CUCUGGUUUAUCCGUGGUCUGGUGAGAAUAUUCAUGAUCAUCAAUAUACCCUCCUAACUUGGCUGUGCCCCACCUAGGUUCUAUGUACACGGAUUUUUACUUGACGAACAACCAGAUAAUGGGAAUGAACAUCCCUAGACCCUCCGCCCCCAUUCCCAUUCUUCAGAUGCAAGACGACUUGCUUGCAAAUUUCCAUGACAUCUCCGAUAACCUACCACUUCGCCUUCCGCGUGGUACUAGUCGCUUCGAGCCAUACCAUAAUGACCGUUCCCAUAAGUACCAUGGCGCAUUUCUUUGUCAGUGGGAUAACGAAGGAGCGCUUUGUGGCGAUGAGCUUCAAGCCACACCCAAAGAUAUUUUCGUCCACCUGCGUCAAGAUCAUGGUGUUGGGAUUAGCAACAAGGAAACCUAUCAUUGCCUCUGGAUUACAGCUCAUGGACGCUGUGAAGAUCAGCUGAGGUUCCAGAGUUUUGGGCGUCACAUCAUGAAGCACGCUGGUAUCAGAUUCAAAUGUUCUCUCUGCGACAUGACGAUGCCAGCCAGGAAAGACUCCGCUACCAAGCAUCGCCAUGAAAACCCGGAAUGUUUUCAAGCAGACUUCUUUAUCAUCCCAGGUCAAGCAUCUAUCUGACAAUGGCCACCACUCUUUUGCGAUGUUUCGCAUGCUAUGCGAUAUUUAAUCCCCUCUUCAGUUGACUGAGAUGGGCACAGUUUUCGAUUUUGGUUUAACAGAGUUGACGUUCUUGGACCUGCGGCUUCUCAUAACUUAGUCGGUUCUGCCUUCCUCAUUGUCUUCUCUUCCCCUCGCACAUACCAGUUGCCUACUUGGUCGGGUUGUCGAUUCUUGGUUCUGCAUACGAACAUUGUCAAUUCCUCUCUGUUGUUGUUGAUAUAGAAUUAUAUGCGCUAGGCUGUC